UCAUCACUAACCUCCAGCUCGAUCAUGGCUUCCCCAUCGCCAUGGCAGAACUCAUCACCAAAACCGUCACCGUUCACCGGAACCUCAUCUCCGAUCACCGUUUUUCCGGUCAUCUUCACUAACAAACACCGAACUUCUUUCACUACUUUACCUUUUCCGCACUGCUGUUGCAGUGCCAGACCUAAUAACGAGAAAACGAGACUCAGAAAACUCGAUAAAAACCUUACGAUCGGAACAGUUUCAGUCUCUGAUGAUGUUGUUGUAAGUAGAGAAGAGAAAUCGAUGAAGAAGAGACCGAAUCUGAGCUACAAAUCGUUGUUUGGAAGACGGACGUUGUGGCGACGGAUUUUUUUUGCGUCGGCGAAAGUUCGGAGUAUUCUGUUGCUGAAUGUUAUUACUCUCGUUUACGCUAGUGACAUACCAGUGUUAAAAGAGGUUGAAGCAGUCAUGGACCCCGCAGCUUUCACUGUUGUGAGAUUUACUGUCACUGCCAUUCCGUUUCUCCCGUUUGCUUGGAGAGCUUGGGGCGAUGUUCAAAUACGCAAUUCAGGACUUGAGUUGGGCUUUUGGGUCAGUUUAGGCUAUAUCAUGCAGGCUUUUGGACUGCUGACUUCUGAUGCCGGGCGUGCAUCCUUUAUUUCUAUGUUUACCGUAAUUGUGGUUCCAUUGAUUGAUGGUAUGCUAGGAGCAGUGAUUCCUGCUCGAACUUGGUUUGGAGCCCUUAUGUCCAUUAUUGGGGUUGGAAUGCUGGAAUGCAGUGGCUCACCUCCAUGUGUUGGUGAUUUGUUUAACUUUCUAAGCGCCUUAUUCUUCGGCAUACACAUGCUAAGAACCGAGCAUAUAUCAAGGAAAACACACAAAGAUAACUUCUUGCCAGUUCUUGGAUAUGAGGUGUGUGUUGUUGCUUUAUCAUCUAUUGUUUGGUAUUUGAUUGGAGGUGUGAUUGAUGGUAACCUAGAGUAUCAUCCAUCAUCUUGGACAUGGGAAAUGUUUAUGAACUGGAUUGUGGAGUUCCCUUGGAUACCAGCUUUAUAUACUGGUGUCUUUUCUACUGGUACAUGCUUGUGGAUAGAGAUGACAGCAAUGCGCGAUAUAUCAGCCACAGAAACCGCGAUAAUAUACGGGUUGGAGCCAAUUUGGGGAGCUGGUUUUGCAUGGUUUCUCCUUGGUGAAAGAUGGGGCCUACCUGGAUGGUUUGGUGCUGCUCUUGUUCUAGGUGGAAGUUUAACGGUGCAGAUAAUCGGGGCAUCUUCUCCCAGUUCAUCUGUAAAACAUGACAGUUCCAAUACAAAAGAUGGCGUCACUCUUAUGCCAGAUAGACAAAGCGGGCUAUCUGCUUCACCGGUUCCAGUCAGUUCUAGAAAAGAUGUCUCUGAUUUAUUAAAGAAGUAAUGAUAUCCCAAAUAUAUAUAAUGUUGUAGAGUAGAAUGUAGGUUUAACCAAUAUGCAGAAUAUAGGUGAAUAUUGCGACUAGAAUAUGUAAUGCGUCUCCCGGUCUUAUAACUUAGAGCCAUUGGCGGACCCACCCUUUGGCCAAGGUGGGCGGCCGCACCCCGUGAAAAAAAUUUUAGUGUAUAUUUUAGGCAAAAAACCGGCCGCACCCCUUGAAAAUAUGGUUGAACACCUCAUCCGCACCACCAGCAAAAAAUACCUGGUCUUCUUAGAGCCAGCAAAGAGCAUGUAGAGGUGAUAUAUGUUAAAAACAUGUGCAUGUAUAUAAGUGUAUAUUAUUUGUCAAAAUAUCUAUCAUAUUGUUGUUUGUUCCCAUCCAGUGGUAAUCAUUAACUAAUUGUAUCAAAUGACUCUCAUGUGGGAGAGAUUCAAUUGUUGUACCUUUUCUGGGUUAUUAGCCGGUUUUGGUAUUUGCUAA